ACUUCAAUCCUUCAAUGGACUAUGGUCGGUAGAAUUCCAGCAUUUUUCUUUUCACAGAUGGAUGAACUUCACCAGUAAGUUCUAUCUGUCUUACAAGUAAAACCAAAAAUUUUGAUCUCUCAAUACAUAUCAUCUAUAUACACACACACAUAUAUAAGCAGGUUUGUGUGCCUCCAUAACCAAAGUUUCAAGGUUUGUUCAUUCAAGUGUUUGAUAUAUUUCUUCUGAUGCUUCAAUAAUGAGCUACAUAAGAUGAUUUCAAGUUCAAAAAACACCGAUUUUCCGACAAGACAAGACGAAGACGACGACAAAAGAAACGAAACCAACAAAGGUCCAUCGAGUUCUUCUUCUUCUUCGCAAUGGUUAAGGUUAAAAGAUCCAAGAAUCGUACGUGUUUCAAGGGCCUUCGGGGGCAAAGACAGGCACAGCAAAGUUUACACGAUACGAGGAUUAAGAGACCGAAGGGUAAGGCUGUCGGUUCCUACUGCCAUUCAAUUGUAUGAUCUUCAAGACAGGCUUGGUCUUAAUCAACCUAGCAAAGUCGUUGACUGGUUGCUUAAUGCUGCUAAACAUGAAAUCGAUGAACUCCCACCUCUGCCGAUGCCCCCACCGCCGGCGAACUUUCCGAUUUCCGAUGCAUUUUGGAGGACUAAAUCGAAAGAAGUUACGAGGGAUGUAAUCGAUGAUAAAGAUGAUAAACAUAGAAGAAAUGAAGGUGAUGAUGAUGAUGAUCAUGGGACACAACAUGUAUCAUCUGGUUCAUAUUAUCAUUUCGAGCCUUCUAAUUUUCCUUUAUCAUCACAUUUAGUAAGCCAUGGAUUUGCAGUGCAUGCGCCCCAGGUUGAUAAUUUCAACGUUGUGGCAGCACCAUUGCCAUCAGCAUUAUCACUAUGUCCAUUACCACCGCCGCAGCCAGGAGGCGGAGCACCACCAUUGUUUCCGCCUCAUGUGGUGGAUCCUAGACAACAAGUUAACCAUUUUCAGAUGCUGAGUUCAGGUGCACAACAGAACCUCUUGCUUAAUUCUCUCAACUUUCCACCGAUAACCCAAUCUUUUAGACCCUUCCAAUUGAUGCCUCCUAGGUUUCCCCAUAAUCAACCAGAUAAAUGACCAAAAAGAAAAUCAAAUAUCAUAUGGGGAAAAAUAUAGUGUUAAUUUGAAUCUAUUUACAUAAUUGCAAGGCAUUAUGGGGGAGAUGAUGAAAUUCAAGUGUGUUUUAGAUUAUCAUGAUGGGCUUAAUAAUAUUACCAAAAUUCCCUAGUAUAGGAUAUAAUUUCAAUACACAUUCAGCCAGAAAUGUAAGUUUUGUACCACUUUUCUUAGGGCUUUGUGUUUGGUUUUUGCUUCAUUUUGGGUGGUUUGGAAAAAUAAGAACUUUCAUACAUUUCAAUGGGAUGCUGCUCAAAUAAUUGAAAUACAUAUUUGAUGUUGUA